CGGAUUUGUCCGUGAUGAUUGUAAAAAAAAAAAACUCGACAGAUGUCAUGUUUGUGUUCAUUUAAAAGUAGAAACAUUUCCUUUACUGUGUUGGACUAUUCGUUUCUUAUUCCAGUUUUGCGUGAAAUCGUGUGUUGUUUAGAUCGUGUUAGAUCGACUGAUCAAGAGAAAAGGGCAGACACGUCUGAAGUAACUUGGAUUGAUUUGAUUCUUGUUUUUCCUUGCUAACUCUAGAAGAAAAUGUUUAUGCCAAGAGCACUCAAGGUAAAGAGACCUACUGAAAGCACAAACCCAGUUUCAAAGAAGUGUAAGGUGCGCCAGUGCAACGAUGACAUUCCAGAAACCAUCACCCAUAUUUCCUCUGCAACUUCUAGGCCUACAGAAUGUGUGGAAAAAGAGCUGAACACUAAAAUAAAAGGACAUCCAGUCCACGAAGACACAGACCCUCUAUCCCCGUCUAUAAGUUCUGUUCAUACAUCAGAGGAUUCCGAGGGGUCUCCGGCAGAAGAUAGCGAAGAGGAGGAAGAACCGGUCAAAUCAUUCCGAAAGAGCCAGAGAUGGCCCGAACCCGGGGAGCCCGUUUGUGUCAUGUGUGGUCGCUUUGGGGAGUACAUUUGUGACAGUACAGAUAACGACGUGUGCAGUUUGGAAUGCAAAGCCAAUCACCUGGCUAAAAUGGGAAUGAGCCGUGGGGAGGACGCAUUUAACCAUAAACAAAUAGGGGAAGCAAGGACCUCGCUGUCAGAACAGUUUUCUGCCGACAGCACUGACACUAUUGUCAGGGACCUAGAGAAGGGCUAUUCCUACAAGGAUGAUCCCUUCAUUUCGGGUCUCACUGAGGAACAGGUGCAGAGGGUAAAACAGGAGCUGGGGAUAGCAACCCAGGGCAGAGAGGUAGCCAGACCCAUCAUUGAGUUUGAGCACUGUAACUUCCCUGUGACUCUUGGUGCCAACUUGAAGAAGGCUGGUUAUCAGGCACCUACACCAGUACAGAUGCAGAUGGUGCCUGUGGGUUUAACCGGCAGGGAUGUGGUCGCCAGCGCAGACACCGGCUCUGGGAAGACAGUGGGCUUUCUCCUGCCAGUGGUUGUGAGGGCCUUGGAGAGACCAGCAGAUGGAGAACAUGGACCUGCGGCUCUCAUCCUGACCCCUACCAGGGAGCUAGCCAUCCAGAUCGAACGGCAGGCCAAGGAGCUGGUGCUGGGGCUCCCCAACAUGAGGACAGCCCUGCUGGUUGGGGGCAUGCCCCUUCCCCCUCAGCUCCACCGCCUUAAACAGAACAUCAAGAUAAUAAUAGCCACCCCUGGACGACUCCUGGAUAUAUUGAAGCAGAAGGCAGUGAAGCUAGAUGCAGUGAGAGUUGUCGUGGUGGACGAGGCUGACACCAUGUUGAAGAUGGGCUUUCAGCAGCAGGUUCUAGAAGUUCUAGAUGACGUCCCUGAGGACCACCAGACUCUGUUGACGUCUGCCACCAUCCCCGUCGGAACAGAGCAGCUAGCAGCCCGGCUGACACAAGACACGGUCCGCAUCACCAUCGGGGAGAAGAACCAACCGUGUGCCAAUGUUAGACAGAUCCUGCUCUGGGUGGAGGAGCCCUCCAAGAAAAAGAAGCUCUUUGAGAUCUUAAAUGUAUGUUCACAGGAACUUAGUAUUUUCCUUAACCCAAACAAGUAAAUCUAGAACUAAACCACUAAAAGGACUCUUUAAUCCAGUAUAUAGUUGGCUAUGUGUUAUCUGUGUCCUGGAAACCAGCUUCUUGUGUUAAUUGGGGGGCUUGAAUUUCAAGUUUGGUUGUAACACUUCACAAUGCCACAGGGUAGGUUGCUAUUGGCUUGCCAUUUUAGGAACUAGAGGUGGGAACUGGAGCUUGUUUAAAGUAGUCUCCCUCUGGACCAUAUUUAGACAGACAUCAUGGCAGCCCAGACACCCCUUCCAGAGGAAAUGGGUGGGCCCUUCUCCAGGAAACAAAGCAACGGCUCAUACCAAAAAGCCCAUGCAGUGCUUUCCUAGACCUAUUGGAGGAAUUACAUUAUUGCAAUUUUUUUGAAUAGCUGUAUCUUGUUUACCAUGUGUGGAAAUAUUGAGUCUUUUACCAUAAAAUCUUCAGGUCACAAAAAAAGAUAUAGAAAUCUUACCCAUGACAACAUAUU